GUCCGUAAAUACUAGUUGACCUGACCAUGCUGUGCGCUGGCCCCUAUUAAUACCUUCGUCUCUCUCGGCCCCCCUUGAUAUCUCUCUUGGUAGAUGGUCGAAUCGAUCGGUCGCUCGUCCGCAACUACCUGCGAGCUAGAGCUCGAGUAGUACGCAGAGUGCAGAGGCGUCGUCGAUCCUCGACCGGUCUGCGAGACUGUGCGAGGGAUUGAGAUUUGAGAGGGAACUGCGGUGGUGGCACCGGCGAUGAAUUCCCUGAGCAUGGUCGAGGCGAGGCUGCCGCCGGGGUUCAGGUUCCACCCGCGGGACGACGAGCUCGUGCUGGACUACCUCUCAAGGAAGCUCGUCGGUGGCGGCGGAGGGGCGGCGGUCGUGGCGAGCAUCUACGGCUGCCCUACCAUGGUCGACGUCGACCUCAACAAGAUCGAGCCCUGGGACCUUCCUGAAAUUGCAUGCAUUGCCGGCAAGGAGUGGUAUUUCUACAGUCUAAGGGACAGGAAGUACGCCACUGGUCAGAGAACUAAUAGAGCAACUGAAUCCGGCUACUGGAAGGCAACCGGGAAAGACCGUCCGAUAACCCGGAAAGGGUUGCUAGUGGGCAUGAGAAAAACCCUUGUAUUCUAUCAAGGAAGAGCCCCUAAGGGGAAGAAGACUGAGUGGGUCAUGCACGAAUUCCGCAAGGAAGGGCAAGGCGAUCCAAUGAAGUUACCAUUCAAGGAGGACUGGGUAUUGUGCAGGGUUUUCUACAAGACAAGGGCAACCAUUGCCAAGCCACCUACAGCGAGCAGCUACAACAUGGACAGUGCGGCUGCAACCUCACUGCCUCCCCUCGUCGACAACAACUAUAUUGCAUUUGACCAUCAAGCUGGGAUGCAAAACCUAGAGGGUUAUGAGCAAGUGCCCUGCUUCUCCAAUAAUCCCUUCUCCCAACCGCCGUCGUCAGCAUCGAUGAACAUUCCAGUCACGGCGCCCAUGGCUGAUCAUCAGGAGCAUCAGCACAUGGGGAAGGCAAUCAAGGACGCGCUGAGCCAGCUCACCAGGUUUGAACAAGGCAACGUGAAGAGCGAGGCGCCAGCCCAGGGUGGUGUGUUUGCUCAGGAUGGGUUCGAGUACCUAGCUGAGAGUGGCUUCUCACAGAUGUGGAACUCACUCAAUUGAUUUUCUAGCUAGGUAUAUUAUUUGCUGCCAAUCAAGGAUGGAUAUAAAUCUAAAAGGAAGAUCUAGACUUGGGUGUGUGUGCAUGUGCGCUAUUGCAUGUAGUUGUGGUAUAUAUAUAGCAUUAUAGCUUGCGUCAUUGUAGUUCACGUUAAUUAUUUGUCAAAAAAAAAGUGAGAUCAAGAAGAAACGUAUAUAUCAUUGAUGAUGUAAAAUGUAUAUAUAUACAUUAUUUUUGUA